UGACGUAUAAGUACGUAAAAAGAGCUGUGCUGAUCGUUCUUACGUUUUAAUUUGGUGUUUUAAUAUUUCUUACGACGUUACGGUUUUAUACGAUUUCUCAGAGAAGGUUGAAGUGCCGAUAUGGGAGUUCCAGCUUUUUUUCGUUGGCUGAGCCGAAAAUAUCCGUCGAUUAUCGUGCAUUGUGUGGAGGAGAAGGGAAGAGAAUGCAACGGAGUCCGUAUUCCUGUUGAUACAACAAAACCAAACCCCAAUGAGGUGGAAUUUGAUAAUUUGUAUUUGGACAUGAACGGGAUCAUUCACCCAUGCACACAUCCAGAAGACAAACCAGCUCCCAAAAAUGAAGAUGAAAUGAUGGUCGCCAUUUUUGAAUACAUUGACCGUCUGUUCAAUAUAGUGCGGCCCAGGAGGGUUCUGUAUAUGGCUAUUGAUGGAGUGGCUCCACGUGCUAAAAUGAAUCAGCAGCGAUCUAGGCGGUUCCGUGCCUCUAAAGAAGGGAUGGAGCUGAUGGAGGAGAAACAGCAGAUACGAGAGGAGAUCAUCUCCAGAGGAGGUUAUCUUCCACCUGAGGAGAUAAAGGAGAGAUUUGACAGCAACUGCAUCACUCCAGGAACGGAGUUCAUGGACAAUCUAGCACAUUGCCUUAGAUAUUAUGUUGCAGACAGACUCAGCAAGGAUCCAGGCUGGAAGAACAUCACGGUCUUCCUGUCUGAUGCCAGUGUCCCAGGUGAAGGUGAACACAAAAUUAUGGACUUCAUCAGGAGACAGAGAGCCCAACCCCACCAUGACCCCAACACACACCACUGUCUGUGCGGAGCCGAUGCUGACCUGAUCAUGCUGGGCCUCGCCACCCACGAGCCGAACUUCACCAUAAUCAGGGAGGAGUUUAAACCAAACAAACCCAAACCGUGCGCGCUCUGUGGACAGAUGGGCCAUGAGCUCAAAGAGUGUCAGGGAGCAGCAAGAGAGAAACAGGGCGAGCACGAUGAGUUUGCAGACAUGAUGCCAGUUGCUGAGCAGGAGUUCAUCUUCAUUAGACUCUGUGUUCUGCGUGAGUACUUGGCGAGAGAGCUGACCAUGGCCAGCCUUCCCUUUGCCUUCGAUUUUGAGAGGAGUGUGGACGACUGGGUAUUCAUGUGUUUCUUUGUUGGAAACGACUUUUUACCCCACUUGCCGUCUUUAGAGAUCAGAGAGGGAGCAAUUGAUCGACUGGUCAGAAUCUACAAAGAUGUUGUGCACAAAACAGGGGGCUAUCUGACACAAAACGGCUUCGUCAACCUGGAGCGCGUAGAAUUAAUCAUGCAGGCUGUCGGAGUGGCCGAGGACAACAUAUUUAAAAAACGUAAAGAGGAUGAUGAAAACUUUAAGAGGAGAAAUAAAGAGAAAAGAAAGCGGCUGAAGGCAGAGCAGCUCGGCCCUGCAUACAUGACGACGGGACAGUUUGCCCCUGUGGCCCUGGGGCGAGGAAUGCACCCUCAGACUGUUGAGAAUGCACGGCAGCAGGCCUACGGCAUGAGGAUGCAGGAUAACCAGAAUGCAGCACAGUCACUGAAAGCCAUGAUGAGGAAUGGUGGAAAUUCAUCUGCAGGAUCCAGCAAUGUCACAGAUGGGAGAGGGAUGAAGAGAAAAGCAGAAGACAGUGACAGCGAGCCAGAGCCCGAAGACAACGUUAGGUUGUGGGAGGAUGGAUGGAAGCAGAGAUACUACAAGACAAAGUUUGACGUGGAUGUUACUGAUGAUGACUUCAGGCAGAAGGUGGUGAAGUCCUACGUGGAAGGUCUCUGCUGGGUCCUGCGCUACUACUACCAGGGCUGUGCCUCCUGGAAAUGGUUCUUCCCCUUCCACUACGCUCCAUUUGCCUCCGACUUCAAACAGAUCAAAGGCAUGUUUACGGCGUUUGAAAAGGAAACUAAACCGUUUAAGCCUCUAGAGCAGCUGAUGGGCGUGUUCCCUGCUGCUAGCGGAAACUUUCUGCCAGAGACUUGGCGAAAUCUCAUGAUAAGUCUGGACUCUCCAAUUAUUGACUUCUACCCCGAUGACUUUGCCAUUGACCUCAAUGGCAAGAAGUACGCCUGGCAAGGUGUGGCCUUGUUGCCUUUUGUGGACGAGCAGCGGCUGAGGGCAGCUCUGGCGAAGGUUUAUCCCGACCUCACACCUGAAGAAGUGAGAAGAAACAGCCUUGGAAGUGAUGUUUUGUUUGUUUCAAAGUCUCACCCACUCUUCGACUUCCUCCACGAACUUUACAGCACAGACACUCAGGAGGCCACUGAAAUCCCAGCUGAGCUCUGCCAUGGAAUCCAAGGUGCAUUAAAUCUCGAUGACGACCCGAUUCUACCAGAUAAGACCGUGGUGUCUCCAAUCCCAGUGCUAAGGGACAUUUCACAAAACAGUGCUAUUGGAGUGAAAUUCAAGGAUCCUCAGUAUGCUGACGGGUUUGUGUUCAAAGCCACACUCCUACCUGGAGCCAAGAUGCCCAAUAAGGUUUUGAAACCUGAGGACUGGGACAGGGGGAGUAAGGGACCCUGGAAACCCCAGCUGGGCUUCAACCCCAACAGGGAGCAGGCCCACUUAGACCAGUCUGCCUUUAGGGCACUGAAUCGCAUUGUAAAUAGAAACCAUGGUGCUGGCGGAGGACAGUACAGCAACGCACCGCCUCCAAGCAACUACCACCAAGGAAGUUACCGUCCUGCUCACAGCAGCAGCCACCAGCCUUCAUACCAACAUUCCAGGCACAGCAGUUUGCUGGGGACUCCUCCCACCUUCCACCCCCCUCAUUACCCGAGUUCGGGGCAGCAGUACAGCAGAGGAGCUCACGGUUGGGAUCGAGCCAUGCAGUCACAGCACAAUGCCUACCAGCAAAACGUGAACCGCGGUCAAGAAGGCCGGGCCACAGGCGGCUACCAGCAACGUUUUGAGCACCGUCGCAAUGACUGGCAAGAUCGCAGAAACGACCGAGGACAGCAGCAGCAGGGUUACCAAAGUUACCCCCCUCCUCCUCCUUCCAGAAGAUACCAGUGAAACUGAAGGCCACGUUUCACCUUGGAGCAGCAGAUAAUUUUAGAUGAGACAUUUUUUUUUUCUUUUCUUUUCAUUGUCUGUUUUGUAAACAGUUAUUUUUCUUAUAUUCCAUUUGGGGGAAAAAAAGUAGAAAUGUUAACCUUAAAAAAAAAAAAA